AUGAUUAGCUUAACAUCUCUUGAUUUUUCCUAUAAUGAGUUGGAGGGCGUUGUUCCCAACAACAAGGUUUUCAAAAAUGCUGCUUCACCACAAGCAUUUAGAAACAAUAAAGGGUUAUGUGGUGAACUUCAAGGUCUAAUCCCCUGCCGUCAAUCCAGUACAAGCAAGGGAUCGAAAAAAAAAUGGUCAAAAAGGAAUCAGAUUCAUUGUUGCUUCUUUGGUAGGAACUGUGUUCCUUGCAUUUCUAAUUGUCGGCGUCAUUUCCUCUUGCGCCAAAAAGCAAAAAAAGAAAAUAUAGAAGCAACAAGAAGAAACCAUGGCAACAUAUUUUCAAUAUGGAAUUUCGAUGGAAAGAUUGCUUAUGAGGACAUUAUACAAGCAACUGAGGAUUUUGAUGCCAAAUGUUGCAUUGGAAAUGGAAGUUCUGGGAGUGUUUACAAAGCAGUGCUACCUACAGGCCAUGUGGUAACCUUGAAGAAGUUCCAUCCAUUAGAAGGCAACGCAACAGUGAAUGAGGAAAGCUUUGGGAAUGAGAUACGCGUGUUAACAGAAAUAAGGUAUCGAAACAUUGUCAAGCUUUAUGGAUUUUGCUCUCAUCCACGAUGCACAUUUCUUGUUUAUGAGUACAUGCAAAAAGGAAGCUUAGCAAGUAUAUUGAGCAAUCAAGCAGAGGCUGUGGAGUUUGAUUGGGUGAAAAGAGUAAAUGUCAUCAAAAGUGUAGCCAAUGCUUUGUCUUACUUGCAUCAUGAUUGUAUUCCACCAAUAAUUCAUCGGGAUAUUACUGGACUUGGAACAUGA